GGUUCGAUUCGAUCAGACAAAAUGGGAACAAAUUUAAAAAACGCUUUGAUUGCAUUUCUAACUCCUCUUCCUUCAAUACUCUUCUACACUUCCUUCCUCAACAACCACCCCCUUCUCUCCCCAAUUUCCUCAUGGUGCAACCACCACCCUCUCCUCCUAGCCAACGUCCUCUUCUUCCUCAACAUCGAUGUCCUUUUCUGGGCCAUCAGCCUCAUCCAAUCCAGCAAUUGGAUGAUAGAUGUGUACUGGACUGUGAUUCCGGUGAUGCUAUUGCAUUACUUUCAGACUCACCCUGCUUCGCAAUUUGACUUAUGGAGGUCGAGAGUUGCGGUGGCGCUGACGUGGGUUUGGGCGGUGAGGUUGACUCAUAACUAUUUCCGGCGAGAAAAGUGGCAAUGGGGUGCUAGAGAAGAUUGGAGGUUCACUGAUAUGGCUCAACAAUAUGGGAAAAACUGGUGGUGGAUUUCAUUCUUUGCUGUUUACCUCAUUCAACAGGUAUUCCUUAUCGGCGUAUGUCUACCCAUAUACAUUAUCCACACUGUAAACAAGCCAUGUAACAUAUGGGACAUAGUCGCCAUAUUCGUAUGCCUAAGUGGCAUAAUUAUCGCCUAUUUUGCCGAUACACAACUUCACACAUUUGUGACAAAAAAUGAGAAACUAAAAGAGGAAGGAAAGCCAAUGGUGGCAAAUCUUGAUGAAGGGUUAUGGUACUACUCAAGACACCCAAAUUACUUUGGUGAGCAAUUAUGGUGGUGGGGUUUGGGAAUUUUUGGAUGGAACUUAGGGUUUACUUGGUCUUUUGUUGGUGCAUUGGUUAAUAGCUUGUGUUUGGCUUAUGUGACCAUUCUUGUUGAAAGAAAGAUGUUGAAAUUGGAGUAUAGGGUUGAGGCGUAUAAGAUGUACCAAAAGAGGACGUCUGUGUGGGUCCCUUGGUUCAAGUGGUCCUUGAACCAAGUACCCAAAGAAAAGGCUGGUUGAACUGAACUGAUGCGGUUCAACUAACGCGAACAAGUGAAGUGACACGAAGUGUCUUUCAAUGUGAAAUAGGCAAUGAUUCGAGUGAAUUGUAUUGUGUUGGAUGUGUGUUUGUGGA